AUGGUGCACACUGGCAAUCAUGCAAAGCACAUGAGGCCCCUUGAUGGCCAACUACAUGACUCUCACUCGCGCCUUCGCCGCACCAAAGACCGGCCUGGCCCUACAUCUAUCGACCAGGUCUACCAUGGCAGCUGCCGGCUGAGUCCUGAAGCCAGAUCAGACUAUGCAGUCAGUCUGGUUCAGCCCCCUAAGGGUGCAGGCAAGAAGGCCAAGCUGGAGGAAGAAGCUCGCAUGAGGCUCAAGCAGGCGUCACUAGAGCUGAAGCGGAAGAGCGAGUUGCCUUCUCCGGCUCCGGACAGUGCACCUCCCUCCCCCAAGAAGGCCAAGAAGGGCCCAACUCUCUUCAAGAGCCCCAGUCCUGUGCUACUGGAUGCCAGAGACAGCACCAAGGUGAAGAAGGAGGAGCUGGACGAGUGCCAUGAAGCACUCUGCAACAAAGGCGUUUUGGCCGAGCGGUCUAAGGCGCUAGCUUAA